AGCUGAGUGGAAGUCGGACUCGCCUUCACAAAUAGCACGUGCGUUGAGUUAUUUGACUCGCCCAGGAAGCAGUCUUGACUCGGAGCUCCGCCGGUCCCAAAUCCAGCCCUAGAUAUUUGCGAGCUGAAGAAGGGGGAAAUCUGUCGCUCUUCAUCAUUUCGAUUGCGAUCGAGUGCCCCAACAGUGGAAAAAUCCAAACCCUACUCCCUUUCAAGUUCAGCUGAGUAAUCCUCCCCAAAUUUUCUGGAGUUUUGAACUGUCCAUGGUCAUUUAGAUUUAUUUUUUGAGUGGUAGUGAUCAUACCUGAUUUUGUGAUCGAGUAUUUCGAGUUUGAGAUGCCUCCGCAGAGGCAGGUACCCCGUGUGGACACUUUGGACCUUAAGAUACAGAUAAUCAAGAAACUCGGUCGUCAGAAAGCUGAGAAGUAUUUCUUCAACUUGAGAAGAUUGCUGAAUCUGAAGCUUAGUAAAAUGGAGUUUGACAAAUUCUGUUUCAGUAUCAUGGGGAAGGAAAAUGUCCGAUUGCAUAACUUGUUCAUCCGUUCAAUACUAAGCAACGCUUGUUUCUCUCAUGGUCCACCCAGUAGUCAUGCAGUAACCGGUAAUUCUAGGAGUACUAUAACAUCAAAUGGUCAGUUCAGUGACAUUUUGCCAUUAUCGCCUCGAAAAGGCAGGUCCAUUACUAGCCGGGAUCGCAGGCUUAAUGACCGCCCAAGUCCUCUUGGCCCCCAUGGUAAGAUUCCAUCUGGAAAUGUAAUGGAAAUCACCAAUUCAUGUGAUGUUCAAAGGUCAAGAGAGCAGCAAAGUGCUCCUGAGUUGAUAUCUAUUGGUAGCAAAGCUUUGUUGGAAGUUGUUUCUGUGGAAGAUGGAGAGGAGGUAGAGCAGGUGAGAGGCAGUCCGAGUGUCCAAAGUAGACCAAGCGUCCAAAGUAGAAGCCCUAUACGUGCUCCCUUAGGUAUUGGCGCCAAUUAUAAAGCUCUCACUAGUGGUCACGCUACACUUUUACGACCUGCCAAGUCCGACAAACAUGAGUGUUGUCGAAUCAGUUCCGUGCUACCAGAUGUGCUGUCUUUGAAGAGGCGUUUGGAGCAUAAGUUGGAAACUCAGGGACUUGCUUUGUCGGUAGAUUGUAUUAAUUUGUUAAACCAUGGAUUGGAUGUUUAUUUAAAGAAGAUGAUCAAGCCAUGCCUGGAGCUAGCUAGGUCAAGGUCUGGAAAUAAUAAUUUGUGCGGGACAAGAAGCAACUUUCACCAUGGACUUAAUAGCUCAUGGCAUGGGGAAGAUGUGCGAAACUCCAGUCAGUUCUAUUCUGCAUCAAUAUCUGAUUUUAAGGUGGCAAUGCAAUCCAGUCCUCGCCUACUUGGAGUAGAUUGGCCUGUACAGCUUGAGAAGAUAUGCGUAUAUUCUUCAGAGGAAUAAGCUAUGCCUUACACUUGGUUACACCUUCGAUAUGUAAUGCCAAGUCCUCUAAAUAAGCAGGGAAUGAUGGUUUUGUAACUUUAGCUAAAUCAUUUCUCUUACUGCUUAUCUAAAAUAAUCAUAAUGUUCAACAGAAGGUUGAAUAUGUCCCUAGGUCCAAUGGCCGUCAUGCACAACCUCUCUCAAGAGUUUUGGCUUGCCAUAGUUGAUAAUUUCAAUUAAGGAGAAUAACUUCAUUUACCUUGCAAAGUGAGGAUAUGGUGUCGUGGUUGUGUCUUGUUGAAGCAGGUGCAUUCUUGAAAGGGUUUGAGCUCUACCAUUACAUUAUUUUCUUCUUGACACAAUUAUUAUGUAUCCAGUUUAUUUUCAACAUUAAAGCUGAUUUAGUUUUGAAGAGCAUUUUUUUAUAUGUCAACAGCUUGUAAAUAAAUAAUGAAAAUAGAUUUUUAGUGCUUUGUUUCACUCCAUA